AUGUUUGGCCAGACUGCAAACGAUUCAACACAACCGAUCAACAUCAGCUUUUCGCGGUCAGGGUCUGUCUACCAGAAUCCGCGGAUUCGAAGGGAGAGCAUAGCCCAUUCGCAGGGGAUGGGAGGGAUUUCAUGGGGGUCCGUUACGAUUGGUUCUUGGCUGAAAGAUGAGGUUAUGUUGCACGCUCAGCAACAACAGAAUACACAUAGCAAUACUUUAUCACCAUUUCUGGGUGCUAAUCACUCGAUGAACGCUCAUAUGAUUACUAAUAAUUUCGACAACCUCAAUAGGAAUGAUAGUCUAAGCAUGGCCUUUUCGCCCAGCAUGAAUAAUACCUCCUAUUUGGCAGACUUGGAGGCCACCUAUUGCAAAGACUACUCCUGCUGCGGUCAGCUUCUUCCGACGUUGCACGAUCUACUCAGACAUUACGAAGAGAUGCACAUCCAGCCUGAACAACCCCUGGAAACUCCGAGAGCGCGGCCCGUGAACACGGCGAUGGAUACUGUGAGCACCAACGAGGUGUUUUUGUCGCAUCAAGGAGGAGCAGACGGAAACUUACAGCCUCAGCAAACCCAAGCGCAUGGAGUUGCUGAUACUUUGGGUGCGUUUGGAUUCAACCAGCAGCAGACCUCUGACGACCAAUACCAACAAUCUAGAAUGGGAUACACGAUGCAAUACCAACAGCCACAGCAGAUGAACAACCAACAAAACAACCUUGGACAGCUUGGGCAGCCCGCUCUUCAACAACAGCAUCCUACACUGUUCCAAAUGCCUCAACGACAGCAAUCGCCGCUUUCUGCGCAACCAACGCCUCGUUCUAAUCACGCUAACGUGGCGCCUCCACGAGCAGGAUCUCCUCGUCAGUUCGCGAUGGACGAAGACGAGGACAUGGAUGAAGAUAAUGAGGUGUGUAUAGACGAUCCGGCAAGACAUUUGUACGUGAUGGAGCAAGGCGAGAGUCGGCCUUUCAAGUGCCCGGUGAUAGGAUGUGACAAGAACUACAAGAACCAGAAUGGACUGAAGUACCACAGGCUUCAUGGUCAUCAGAACCAGACUUUAAGGGCCAACCCAGAUGGCACAUUCUCUGUGAUCGACCCCGAGAGCGACGCUCCGUAUCCUGAUGGAAUGGGUAUGGAAAAGGACAAGCCAUACCGCUGCGAAGUGUGUGGCAAACGGUACAAGAACCUCAACGGUUUAAAAUACCACCGUGGACAUUCGACGCAUUAG